AUGGACAAUGUGGGGUUUGGUUUCCUUCUUGGAAAUGAAUAUGAAAGAAGGAAGCAGAAACUUCGAAAGGAGCUGCAGUUAGAGUCCAGACACCAUUUUUCUCAGGAAGAGGAUCUGAGAGGUGGUGAACCUCACCCACAGCCUGAAGCCCUCUCCCUGCCAAUAGACGACAGAACAUCAGCCAAGGAGCCCACCCCUUCCAGGAGAGAUGCCGCCACUCUGACUGAGUCGCUUCACGACGGGAGACGCUCACAGGCCCAGGCUCCGCGCCGGCAGCAGCGAAAACGCUGGUUCAUCUGCGCGCCGGGUGAUCCCCGUUACCGUGAGGAGGAGCUCGACACGGACGAGGAUGAGGAGUUUGAGUCCAGAAGGCAAGGCGCGCACGCCGAAGAGCGUCCUGGAGAGGACAGCAGGCGAGAACGCAGCCAGAAGAGAACUCCUCAGCACACGAACGAAACCGAUUCUGCAAUGAACAGCGAUGACAGGACUCUGGAGUCAGAUCUGCAGAUGAAACGCAGCUUGAGGACAGAUCCAAGACCUGCGCCUGGCAGCGGCAAGGAAGUGGCUGAGCCUGCUACGGGACUCAUGAUUGGCGCAGCCGAGGAGCAGACCGUCGCUCAGAUGAGAAAAGAGCGGUACAAGCAGGAGCUGCUGAAGCAGAUUGAAGAACAGAAGAGGAAUAAAGUCAGGGAGAAGACCCUUGAGCUGAGAGUUGCUGCAACUGGAGCCACAGAUCCCGAAAAAGAUCCCGAUCGAAUAAAGCAUUUUGGGCCUGUAAAUCAGCAGCGUGCCAGAGUGAGACAGGAAGUCCCUCACAGACCUGGAAAAGACCCGGAAGCGAAAGUCGAAGGUCUAAAUCCAGAUGAGAGAGCCGGAGACUCCCGUGUGGAUCACAGUGCAGCCCUCAGGCAGCUGCCGGGAAAGAGAGUGUCCGGGAUCGGAGCUCGACCAAGGGUCCAGUCAGGGGACUGUUUCAGCGAGGAUUACCACAAGGACUUCUCAAACAUGCUUGGAGACAUGGCCGUCCCCAGGGUUGCUGCUUUUGAUCCUCUGAUUGCUCCAAGUGUCCCUGAGACUUACAAGACUCCGUAUGAUGCAGCGUAUUACUACUACGGAGCCAGGCAUCCACUGGAGCCGAACCUUCUAUUCAACCAGCCUGGUCUGUCUGGGAGUGCUGGUCAUUCUGGGAACAUCGUGAAUCCUUUUCAAAGACCGCCUCGUGUCAAAUCAAGUGGCCACCUUCAAGCAGCUGAUCAGCAUGGAGCGUCUCCUCUGGGUGGAGCAGAGCUCCACCAGGACCGGGCCAAGCAGAGGAGGGAGAGCAGCCAGAGCUACCAGGAAGCACUGCGGCAGCAGAUCGAAGAGAAGGAGGAGCAGAAAAGAAGAGAAAAAGACAGGAAGGUGGAGGCCCAGAUGUUGAUAUACAACCCCUGGGGGAGGAGUGGCGGCGGCGCUCCCAACACAGACCCAACGGGGAACAUUAUCUGCGACCUCCGAAAAAUGCGGCGGUUCAGCGAGAAGACGUUCAGGAAUCCUUCCCCGUCCCAUCAGCCUCCAGGUUUUGGGGACGAGGCGUCGCAGCAGAAGCUUGACGUGCAAAACGAAUACAAAGAAGCUUUGCAGCAGCAGAUCGAGGAAAGGAGGAGGAAGCAGGAAGAGGAGAGAGAACGCAUCAGGGAGGAGGAGGAGAAGGAAGAGAGGAGGCUGGCGCGGAGAGAGGCGCGCAUCCUGCAGGAGUACGAGGACGAGCAGAGGAGGCAGACGAUGAAGAGACGGGGAGGGCAGAAACCCAUCCAGCCGCCUGAAACGCCCCGGCAGAAGGUGGAAAAAGAAGAGGAUGCAGGAGGAAACGGAGCGAGGAGAAGCGGCCGCAGUCACAUCACGAGCACCCGAUCGCACCCUGCAGGAGCUCCUCAGACACGAGAGGGUCAACAGGAGCUAGACAGAGUGUCGUCGGCUCUCCGGAGGCUUUUCAGAGAAGAGCAGGAGCGAUACGAGGCCCGGCUGGACCGCAGGAGUCCAGAGGAGCCUCCGUACGCCGCCCCCACCCGAAGACGACCUCAACGAUGGACGUUUGAACGUCUGAAUGGUGGGAGUCCGUCAGGAGCCGCUAUGUACGUGAACAAGGAUCACAUCCGAGAGUUCAACCGGCUGAAAUACAGAGACACGGAUUCUCGUGAGGAGGUCCGAGCGAUGUUCCCCGACCCCCCCGCCGACGCUCCGACCCUUGACCUCCAGCAGCAAGCCCUGCUGCGCCAGCAGCAGCGCAGCAUCCGGCGCAUGCGGCAGCAGCACGGGAACGGAGCGUGGACACCCCUCCACACUGACCGCUCACUACACUCCGACUCCACCUUCAUCGCGUUCCACGGCAGCGCCGGGUCCGGAGAUCAGGCUCGCCGGCCUCCGGCAGAGGGUGGAGGCGCAGCGGGCGACUGGACGAGCCCGGACUGCGACGUACGCUGCUCGCCGGCACGUCGGCUCUCCUGCUCUCUGCAGACGGAAGUGAACCUGUCGGUGGUUUUUUGUGAACAGGAGCGGGAGGAGAGCGACGCCAGUCCCAGGUCGAUCCGGGACCUCGACGACCGGAUCUCCGUGGAGACGGUCGCCACGGAGCCGUGGCUGCGGCCCGGAUCGUCAGCCGCCGACUCCGCGACGGACGGUCUCCCAGGACGAAGAACUGCACUCAAAUAA